AUGAGUCGUCAACUCUCAGAAAAUAGCACAAAUAAAAAAAAAGCCAUAGCACAAAUCCUAGAGGACUGCAGUGACUCUGAAAGCGAAGAAAAUCAAGAAAUUUCAGAAGAUGAGGUUAACAUAACUCUCACUGAUUCCGAUGAAGCUGGUCCUAGUGCCCCAAAAAUGAAGCGUAGAUGCUUUAUUUACCCAAGGGCAAAAGACAAAAAGAGUACUAUUGUUUGCAAAUCUUGCAAUAAAACCAUUUGCAAGCCUCAUUCAAUACCAAUUACUUACUGUUUACCAUGCCAACGUAAUGAUUAA